AUGCAGCUUGCAUUCAAUGCCGUCAUCUUGUUCAUUGCCGUUAUGGUAGUGACUAGGCUAAUACAAUUUCGAAAAGCCUCUAUCAAUCAGCUCGUAAAGAAGUUGAGAUAUCUCACGAAUGGCUCCAAACUCAGGACACCAGUGUCGAUACAGGAGGAAGCCGCCUUAUACACCCAUGGCGUUAAUGAAACCCGAUUAUUUCCAUUAGCAGAACUGUUGACGAGAAAUGAGGUUGAGACUCGGUUCGACAAGGAUACUUGGCAAGGCCUUGCGUAUCAAGAUUUCAAAAGCACAAUAUUAGCUAAGGGAAGCGGCAUGAAGACCUUUCCUUGCGUAUACGCCACCAUGGGAUAUCGAUCAGACGACCAUCGCUAUGUAUUCCUCGAGUCAGACAACCCAUCCGAGCCUCGUAACGUACGCAAGGUAGCUCUAGCUCUGAGCGAGUAUCUUCACAUAUCGACUGCUUUGGGUCCCAACACAUCCCUCGUCAUCAUUGGCGCCCCCUCUGAAAAUCAGCGUACCGUCGAAGAGCAUAACCGGACAUUCUGGGACAUGCUUCGAGGCCUUCGAAUCUGUGAUCCAAGACCUUGGCCAGAGGACAUCCCGCAAGACACAGAGGAUGCUAAGUGGACUUUUUGCUUCAAUGGAGAGCCCGUUUUUCCGGUCAUGUUAACGCCGGCACACCAAAAACGCUGGAGUAGACAUAUGAGUGUGCCUGUAAUCGCCCUGCAGCCGAAGUGGGUGCUGGAUAAUCUGCUCGGAACUCCUGAGAAGCGAAAAUCUGCACAGAGCAAAGUUCGCAAUCUGUUGCAGAAGUAUGAUACGAUAGGCGUCAGUCCAGAUCUGACCGCUUACGGUGCAGUUGGCACUAGCGAGGCCCGCCAGCUAUGUCUACAGGACAAGAACGAAUCGGUCCAAUGCCCAUACCGCAACUUUGAUAGCUAA